AUGGGUAACAAAUCAGGAUCAGAAUUUGGAAGCAUUAUGAUUAGAACAGAAAAAUCUUAAUAUAUUGCUGGGGAUGUUGUCAAAGGAAAUAUCUACCUUCAUAUUAUAAUACCAGGUUAUCAUGGAAAUGUUGUUCAACUUUAAAUUGUAGGAAAAGAGAAAACUCAGUGGACAAGUGGAUAAAAACAAAGCAGAAGGACACAUCAUGGAAAAAAUCUAUUCCAUAGAGACACUUUUGUUAUUCAUACUUUUUUAGAUUAAAACUUAAUGGUCGGGCAAUUUGUUUUUCCCUUUGAAUUACAUCUUCCACCAAAUCUGCCAGGAUCUUUUGAGUCUAGGUACGGCUUUUUGGCAAGCCUUAAUUAUAAGGUCAAGGCUCGAAUAAGAUCAGCUUCUAAAUCAAUUAAUGACGUCAAGCAUAAAUAAGAUAUUAUCAUUCGAGAACCAAUUAAAGAAAUUUUAUAAGGUUCUUCAAAAUAAGAGACUGCUAAUCUAACGACAUGGUGCUGUAAAAAACAAGGAUCUUCGACAAUAUCUGCAUAAGUAGAGAAAAAUUUAUAUUUUGCGGGAGAAUUUGUUUAAAUAACAUAUGAUAUUGAUAAUUCCGAUUGUAACCUUAAUAUAGAA